AUGAAUCUGAAAUCGUUCGCGUCGCCGACCGCGCUCGUGUUCGGAGACGUCACGUUCGCGAACGACGACGACGGCGACGCGGAGGGCGGCGAUGGACGUGGGUGCUGCGCCCUGGUGACGUGCGAGAUCGGGAGGGAGGCGCACGCGCAGAGGGUGUGCGAUGAGGGUGUCGGGUCGCGCGCGCGCGCGACGGGGACGGGUGCCAACUUUAGGACGCGCGAGGCGGAGCGCGCGCGACAGUUCGGAUUCGGCGUCGGGCGAUCGAUCGAGAGCGAAACGGUGACGACCACGGUCGAGGCCGAGGGCGAGGGGUGCGUCGUUCGAGCGAGUGAGACGAAUGGGACGGGUGAGCGUUUUGCGGCGGUUCGAUCGGUUCGAUCGAUCGAAGUCGCACGAUCAGAGGCGCAUCGUUUGUCGACGCGCGUCGUCGUCGGGCGAGAGAAUGGGGGAAGCAGAAAGGGCGUUUCGGGUGAGUUGUUCAUCACGCUGGCGAGCGUGUUCGCGAUGAUGGUUGUGAACGCGGGACUGGCGAGAUUGCGUCGCGCGCGCACUCUCGAAUCGAUCGAAGACGCACCGGCGAGCGCGGAAAGAGAUUGGAAGGAGAUCGUCGGCGAGCACAACGCCGAAUUAGUGAAACAGAUAGUGGAGGAACAAAACGAGCGCAUCGAGCACUUGACGUCAGCGGAGUGGAAGAUCACGGCCAAGGCGCCGUCUUUGGAUUACGCCGCGCCACGUGUCAAGACGUUCGAUUUGGUCUACGAUUUUUUGACGAGUCACCCGCAAUCCAUCGCGCCGACGUACAUUAACCCCGAGUGGGACACGGAUGCCGAUGACGAUCGGCGUCCGAAUGAGUCGAGUGGGCGAUCGUCUGACGAGCACUUUGAUCACGACGUGUUCGGUUUGCCGUUUCGACCAGGAAGAGAAUAUAGGAUGACCAUUCGAGGGCACGGAGAUCAGAGAGCGGCCAAGCUCGCGUUGUCGCAGGUCGCGGCGUGCACUUUAUUUGAAGACACGGCACUCAAAUUCUAUCACGAUCAGCACGAGGAGUGA